AUGGACCUAAAUGGGGUCAGGAGGAGGGAUACCACCAAAGGGCCCCCCCUCCGCAUCUUAUCGCUAGAUGGUGGAGGAGUCCGUGGUUACUCGAUGCUUAUCAUUAUCCAAGAGCUCAUGCACCGUACCUACGUCGAGAUCGAAGGAAGAGCCCCGCACCGAAACGAAAUCCCCAAACCUUGCGACCACUUCGACCUCAUUGUUGGAACGGGGACUGGCGGCCUCAUCGCGCUGAUGCUCGGUCGAUUACGUCUAGACUUGGAGACGUGCAAACAGCUCUACGUGAGGCUUACACGUAUGGUGUUUGAAACCGACAAGACUAUCGCUGGGAUCCCCUACCGAUCAACUCUGUUCAAGGCUUCGAAGCUAGAGGAGGCCAUCAGGGAAGCAGUCAGGGAGCACACCAUUAAUGAGAAAGAGGGCAACGAUGGGACCGAGAACGAUAUGAUUAGCCCUCUCAACUCGGCUGCUUAUUCUAGCGCAGCCUCGGGCCCUCGGAGGCACAGUAGUAACGCGAGUACUGUUAGCUUUAGUGCACGCAGCCCACAGGCUCAGAUGUCAAGGCCUGCAUUCAACUCGCGUUAUGGAAACCCCAAUGCUAGGCUAUACGACGCAAGAGAAAACAGGACCAAGACCGCUGUACUAGCAAUGUACAAAGGUUCUCGCAGAGGGAGUCCCCCAGCUAUUCUGCGAUCCUACGACUCGAGGAGAGAACCCCCGCCAGAGUUCGACUGCAAAAUUUGGCAGGCAGGUCGGGCAACUUGCGCCAUCGGCCUCGCUUUCAAGCCGAUUCAAAUUGGUCAAUCUGUUUUUCAUGACGACGGCGCCGGCACCUUCAACCCUGCCCCGGAAGCUUUGGACGAGGCGGUAGUGAAUGAAUGGCCUGGCCGUGAGGUCGGCGUCUUCGUCAGCGUUGGGACCGGUAGACGACCGAAGGGUAGUGAUGCAAACCAGCAAGUGUGGUACGAGGGCUUCAUGGGAGAGUUUGCCGAGGCGCGUCGAAAGCUCAUCUCUAAAAUCGAGGGGUGUGAGGUGAUCCACGAGCAGAUGAGGAAGGACUAUCUCUCAAAGAGGAACGUCAGUGUUGACAACUACUACCGUCUUAAUGUGGAGGUUGGCGUUGGCGAGUUUGGUAUGAACGAAUGGCACCGCUUGGCCGACAUCAGCACUGGUACACGGCAAUAUCUUCGGCGGGAAGCCGAGCAGAAAAUGGUCCAAGGUGCGUCUGCGAAACUGGCCAAGAUCCAUAGGGCAAAUAUACGGUUUGCCCGUUUACCAGAUGUUCCGGAGCUGGUCAAGUCCACUUCGGAUGCUAGCGAGCCGUUUGCUGUAGAGCUGCCAGCCGAGAUCCCUUCAUCGUGGCCACCGCAUAACACACCACCCAGCCGUCAGUCAUAUGAAUCCGGCAUGGAGAAUUUGCAUGUUCCUUCGCCUCUCAGCCCUUCACCGAGGAGCUCUGGCGAAAGACUGCAUGCACCGGUCGCUGCACACACAGGAACACCCCCCGUCGGGCAACGACCGCCGCCACCACCAAGUACACAUUCAGUGGGCACAAACGAAGACGAAGUCGACAGACUAGUUGUUACAGCGCCUACACCAUCACAAUACAGAUAUGCGGCCGGUGCGGAUAAAAUUGCUAUCAUGAGCCCAGACGAGUAUCCCAGAUGGCAAAGCCCACCACCAAACGGGCAUGUACAACAACAAUCACUGCAGCCACAGCGCAUUCCACCACCACUGCCUCCUAAGACACCACUUCCAGAACAUCAAACGGGCGGAAACCGUCGUCCAAUUGGCGCUACCCCACUGCCUUACCCUCUUGAUGAUGAGCCUCCACCAGUAAAUAUGGCAAGGAAGCCAGACUACCGUGGGCGGUAG